UAAGAAAUUCUAAGGCCAAAACAAUAAAAUAAAAAUAAAAUAAAAGAAGAAAAGAAAUCGAUUUCACUACUCACUUACAUUUGAGCAGUCUCUAUCUUCGUCUCGAUCAGUCCAUGAAAGCCAGAAGAAGAUCUUCAGCUUCCGAUAUCAGUCCGAAGCACUUCGAUUAUUUUUUAAUUAAAUGGAUUUGGAAAGGGAAGCCGGGGCGGUAGAUGAGUCUGUUGAAAUGGCAAUAGUUGCUUCAGAAGGUCCAAUUCCGGAACCUUAUGUGGGUAUGGAAUUCGAUUCUGAAGAUGCCGCCAGGAAAUACUAUACUGAUUAUGCCAGACAGGUCGGAUUUGUUGUUCGUGUUAUGCAGCGUCGUCGAUCAGGCAUUGAUGGGAGAACUCUUGCCCGUCGGCUUGGGUGUAACAAACAAGGGUUUUCUCCUAACCAGAAGGGGAAAUUUGGACCUGAGAAAAAGCCUAGACCUAGUGCACGAGAGGGUUGCAAUGCAACAAUCUUGGUGAAGAUGGAAAAAUCUGGAAAAUGGGUUGUUACAAGAUUUGUACAGGAUCAUAAUCAUCCUCUGGUUGUUACUGCCAGUGGUUUUAGCACAGCGGGUGAUAAGGAUAGGAAAAUUGAGGAACUUAUGAUGGAGUUGGAGCGUCAAGAUCAACUAUGUGCAGGUUAUAGAGAAAAACUUCUCAGUUUUAUGAAUAACGUUGAAGCAGAAACGGAAGAACUGUCGGAAAAGAUACAAGUUAUAGUUGACAAUGUGAGAAAAGUUGAAUCUGAAGUGCAAAAACAUUCUCGUCGUAGAUAGCCUUGCAAGUUAACACUAGGAUUUAUUUGCCACUUAUUCGCAUUCAGCUCCAUCCAAGAAUGUACAGUUUUUAUUAGAAUUAGUCUCUUUUAUGACAGAUAGAAAAGUCCUUUUUUUCACAAAUAGAAAAGUCCUUUUUUUCU